AUGUUCUCCCAUUGCAAGUGGACCGAUUGCCAAGGGCCGCUUCUGCCUUACACCUCGGGCGAAUGCCCGGCAAACAAUGAUGCCCUGACAUUCCGCUGGGAUAAGCCAGAUGGCAAGCCGUGGUGCUCCGAUACUUACGUAUCGUCUGUCGACGGCUCUGUUGGUAGCGCGCUGCACGACCGCUUCAAAAGCGAGCUCUGCUGUCCAUCAGAUCACAGUUUUAGCGUGAGCGGUUGCGCAUGGACCAACACUCUUACCCAGGCUGACAUGACAGACGACUACGGGGCGAGCCAUAUCACGGAUCUCGUCUGUAAACCGCGUCCCUGCUCACGGGGAAAGGUAAAGGUAGCUGGCGCGCUCGAUCCGCCAUCGGCGAUGGGCGCCGGAUCCAAGUCGGAGUUUAACUGCGACGGAGUCACUAUCCCGCCUGGCAGCGAUCCUGAGUGGUCGUUCUGUUGUGAUCCACCGAGUCGAUACGACAAAGACUGGCCCGUUGAUCCCAAGUACCUAUGGGAAAAAUACUACAACAACCCUCAGAAGUCGGAUGUCGUUUGGGAAUACAGCGAUGAGUACCAGAAUAACAACAUGGAUAGCGAGCCCUCUACGAAGGAGGAUGGCAGCGACGCCUAUGGAUUUGUGAUGCUCGACGGACCCGGUGGAUCCAUUGACAACGACUUCGCGACGUCGCACACCGUUGUACGUCGGUCCCGGGAAAUCCCAAGAGUAAAACGUUCCGUUUUAACAACCAACCAAACUCUCAUGGAUACCGUCUUCGACCACGCCGAGGAGACACUCCAUGUUUACUGCAACUAUCCCGUGGGGUCCCACGAAUGCGAGCGUGUCUUCAUCGAUGGCGCCGAGGACACAAUCAUCCGGCUUCCAGACCAUGUCGGCGAGGGCCCGUUUGCCCGGAUUGUCUCCAUGAAAACAGCCCAUGAGGAGUAUCAACUUCCGGAUCAUCAUUUGGAACAUCGGUCGCUCGAGCGCAACACGAACCCCGUAUAUGAGGUGAAGAUCGACUAUAAUUUCCAUCUGAUUAAGCUCAAGCGAGAUGAUGAGCCCGUGAACAUUCGCGUGGACUAUACGAAUCUGAUGGGAUACUGGGAUGAAAUGACCAACUCGCCAGCCGGCCGCAUGAAGCGUGGCCUGGGAGAAGAGGGCCUCACCGAGGAUGAGUGGCGCUCCCGAGUUCAACGGGCCGUUGUGCACCACAGUAAUAUCGAGAAGCGUAGUGAGAAUAUUCAUGUGAAAACACCAAUGGAGUUCUCCGGCUCCCACCUCGACAAACGUUGGUGGGGUGCGUUCAAAACCUGGCUACAGAAACUGGCAUGUAUUCCCCUGACUACGGUAACCGAAUCCAGUUUGGGCGUUAUUGAACUGGGAUUUUCCAAGACCAUCAAUUUGUUCCGGGCGCAAUGGGGAUGUCCCGGCCAGACAUUUUCAGCUAACCUCCGGAUGGAUUUGGAAGCUGACCUGCCCGAAACGUUUGCUUACUUCGGGAUGAAUCCAACUGCUUAUCUCGGACUCCACAUCGAGGGAAAUGCUCAGAUGCAGACAACAACCGACCGCAAGAAGAUAAUUGACACCAUUUCCUAUCCUGGACUGGCCGUGAAGGGAAUUGCGGCAGUCGGACCAACACUGGACAUUUAUGGAGAAAUCCGAGGCAAGGUAACUUUGCAUGGCGAGGCGACUGCCGGAGCACAACUGUCCUUCGGGAAGGCGGAGGUUUACUGGCCGCAGAACGAUGAUGCAAAGAACAAGUAUGAGACACUGCUAGGGCUCCAAAGUGAGGUACAGGCGCCCACUCCUGGUUCUGUUGAGCCAAUCUUUGAAGCAGGUGUGGCUCUGGACGCGCAACUCGACAUUAUCGUAACACCGGAGGCACAUGUUGGUAUCAAAAUCGGCGGUGGGAAACUCGUCGGCGGUGCUACCCUAAUGGACGCGCAGUUAACCGGCUACGUAAUGGGCGACCUAUCCUUCCAGGCUCACAGUGAUUAUGACACGACUGGUAAGGAGUUCAACUACAGCUUCGGAGCGUACCUCUUCUACAAUCUCGGGUACAAGGCCACGGCCCAAAUUCUCAACUCCAUCGAUUGGGCACUAGCGCCUCGACUGGCAUACGACCCGCGUAAGACGUUCAAGCUGUACGAGAAGAAGGGUUCGAUCCCAAUGUCGUCAUCAGCUAAAUCAAAGCGCGAGGCCGCCAUCGAUGGCCCUUCGCGCCAGAAUCUUGUCGAGCUCGGUUCGUUGACCAACAGCUCUAUCUCUACAUACCUUGAUUCCGCCUCGGGUUUGUCCAAACGUGGUGAUGAAAUGGAUAUCGAUGGCCCCAAUGCUCCAGAGUUUACGCAGAACCUGAAGUGCCCCCCGGGCACCAGUGGAGACGUUCGGCUGCCCGAAAUUCGAUUUAACUGUGACUUUCUCAACGACUUUAUUGAACAGGGCAAAAAUGGCAAAAUGGAUGCUAUUACCGGUCUCUGUACGCCCGUGCUGAACAUCCCUGACAACAAACGCCAGAAACUAUUCACCUUCUCGAACGACGAAGCUAGGAAGAGGGCACGAUAUGACGCACAGUGUCCACCAAAGACCUGUGCGCAGCAAACUACUGACUUGCAAGACCACCAGGGAAAUAAGAACCUGAAACUGCAGUGCGACGAGUUCCCCUGGAAAUCCUCCGAGCAAGGCGGCGACUAUCAGGCUAGUGACGCUCGCACAGCUACCUGCGUGGCAUCUUACCAGAAUAAUUGGCAUGGGCAAUGUCUUCGGAUGAUAGGAUACAUGCAAUCAAACUGGGCCAAGCUUGAGCCUGAGAGGGAAGACGGAGACGACCGCGGCGACUUCUGGCAGGAUUGGAGAAAGAAGUCAUGGACAACACCUGGGCAGCACGGAUCUCAAGGUUCGCAAUACGAGCAGAGACUGAAGGAAUACCCCGAAAAGCAGCCCAUGCCUGACGGAGUCACCACGCGAAACAACGAUAAAAUAUCCUGGGUGUUUAAACGGGACUUCGAAGCAUCCUUCAUCCGUCAAGAUCCGAGCACUAUCGAUGGUAGGAUGGAUGCCAUCUUUUGCGCGAUUAACCAUUUUGGCCAGGAUGACGUAUAUAAGUUGCCAGCCGGCUACAAUGGCCUCUGCCGAAGGAACAACGGUAGCCCCCUCACAGGUUGGAAUGUCGGCUUCAACAUGGCUAGGUGCGAGGUGAAGUUUGCGGACCCCAGUAGUAGUGACAAGCGAAGUAUCGGCACCUUUGCUGGGUGGGAAGUGGAAAGUGUACGAAUGCUGGAUGAGGACGACCAUGAAUAG